AUUUCGAUGUGAUAGUUUCUCCUUUUGUCGAAUUUUUUCGUGCCGCUCAAGACUACAGUUUUUUACGGGAGACGCGCACUGUGACCGUUUUCACGAUGACGAUGUACAAUCGCAAUCGAUUUGUAAGUGGGCAGCCACACGACGCUCCCUCUGAUAAAAACGAGUAUGAAAGCGGUAUCCGAAAAAAAUUCCAGACGUUGUUGCAAAGUGUGAAUGCGUAUAAUCAAGGGUUUUGUAUUCCGCAAGCUCUUGCUGUAAGGAAGCUCAUUUUGUGCGACAUCGGCUGUGGCGUCUAUGAGAAUGACCCGAAGGUAGUGGGGAGAAAUUUGGGACAGGUACUAAGAGAGUGUCCGGAUCUGGCUCCGGACUUGGAGGAGAUUGUACUGACGGGGAAGGUAGAGUUUGCUAGGGGAGUUGGGGACUUUUAUCAUGUGCGGUGAUAACAACAUGUUGCGAAGUAGAACCUUUCGUGACAAUAGAAGGACCUGAGAACAAAUAUUGCGCUACUCACUGUGACCUUCAAAAACGAACAUCAAUGAAUAUGAUGAUAGAACUACUUCCUCGACCUGUUUAUUGUACGAGGAAAGGACAAGAACUGUAGUUGAGAAAACAGAGGUAAAUUCAAGUAUCCGCUGAUAAUGUUCCAUUAGCAUUGAUGUUUUGAGCUUGUACAAUUUCUCGGGUUCGUAUCUUGCUUCACGCUCACCUAUUCCUAUACUGAAUGACUAUGAUGAUGUUUUUGACAUAAGUCUACCUAGACAAAAGAUGAAAAAUCGAUGAUUUCGCCCGAUGGCAAAGUGAAGAAUUCGUCCAUCACUUCAAUGGCUGCAUUGGCCUUCUCAUAAACCAUGGUUGAUAACCUGAACAGGGAUGCUUUUUCUAUGCCUAUUCUAUCGAAAUUCACUCGGUACGUGGCCACAG